AAUAUGGCGAAAAUGCGUCCGUUGCAACGAAAUUGAAAUUAUAAUUUUUUAACGAUUACAGUUGUUUGCUCAUUGAUUAAACGCCAGUUUCUACAGAUUUAGUUAAGACGAUUUAGAGAAGUUUUCGUAUCUAUCGAAUGGACCAUAACAUGAAAAGAUAGACAGUUUUAUUUCAAAAUCAGCUGAUUUGAAGGUUGUCAUGGAAAAUUUAGUUUAAGAUCCAUCUGUUCAGACAGUUUUUCAGACAGUACGCUGAAUUUGAGUGGGACAAAAACAAAACUAUUUCCAAUGGCUGUAGCCCAGGAGACCAGGCUUCAACACAACUUGAAGAUGGAGCCUGCUAUAGAGAGACCCCAGAGUGCCCUUGCUCGGGGUGUACAGAUAACAGAGUUCAAGGAAGCAUGUAUAAAUCCAGAACCCAUUGUGAUUGAAGAGACAGAUCUGUUAUUAGAACAGUUUCUGUCGCCUCGUAAACUGAGGUUACUGACUGGUGUAGAUAACUUAGAUGAUAUUCGGCAUUUAGAAAUGAAAGUGAAUACCUCGGAUACAAGUCUAGGCAACUUUGGACAGCUGCUGCAGAAUCUUAGUCAACUCAAAGUUUCAAAUAGUACCAUACCUAGAAUCAGAGAUUUAGGUUCAUCAUUGCGAAGUCUACAUGUGUUAUGGGCAUCAAGAUGUUCACUGAGUGAACUUGAUGGUAUUUCCUCAAUGUGUAAUCUACGUGAGGUCUAUUUAUCAUACAAUGAAAUCAGCGAUAUUAGUCCACUGAGCAUGCUCGACCAAAUUGAAAUUUUAGAUUUAGAAGGGAAUAAUUUAGACGAUAUUAUGCAAGUACAAUACCUGGCAAUAUGCAGUAAGCUGACAAAUCUAACACUAGACGGCAAUCCAUUAUGUAUAACACCUUCACCAGAUGAUGAUGCAUCUGUUGAUUAUGACUACCGACAAGCUGUAAAGAAGGCGAUACCUCAUUUGAAGUACUUGGAUGACGAACUACUGAUCGAGGGAGUUGGCUCAUUCCAGAAACAUAAUGUAUUUGAUGCAGAUUGGGCGUACCUCGAGGAACUCACAAAGGAGAUGACUCUGGAAGAUGAUUCUGAUUCUGCAAUAUCUGAUUCUAGUCGACCACCAAGUGGUAAAAGGCCCAGCACUGCAGCUUUAAAACCUAAUGCAGGUUACAGACCAGGCUCAGCCCUACGGCCUUCCUCAGGGUUCAGACCUAUGACUGCAGGAGUCAGGCCAGCAUCCACAGGUGCAAGACCAGCUACAGCCAUAGGGAUGCGUCCAUCAUCUGGGUCAGGUAGACCGUCUUCUGGAGGAAAAGAAGUGCAAGAGACGACUGAUGCAAGUGACCUUACAAUGGGCAAGGUCAUCUGUGGUAACCCAUCAAAAGCUUUGUUGUCAAGGAGACGGCUCAAUCCAGAUGCUUCAGGAGAUUUGGAUAAUCCAGCACCUGAAUUUACAUUUGAACCAAAGUUUCAGCAUAAAGUGGAGCAUACUUAUGAUGUUUUACCAGAGGAAGAGAGAGAUAGAAGUGAAAUUGUUGAGGAGUUGAAGGCAUGGAAACAAGAACAUGAAAAGAGAAUGGUGAAAAUUCGUGAUAGUAAAGCUCCACAGGUGCUACGAAUUGAUCAUGAUGAGGCAGAUGAUGCUGUAAGCCUCUCAGGUGACUCAGAAGUUGAUUCAGAUGAAGAAUUAUCACCAGUGAAAGAUGAAGAGCUGAUACAUAAAGUUAGAGACGAGAAUAGGAUACAAACAGACGACGAAAAUUGUAAAAUACUUCCCUCAGUUUCAUCAUUUGUACCAGUUUCAUCACCUGAGAAUAUUUCAACAAAAAAUACAUUUACAUCUAAAUCAAAAUCCCAUGACAUUGACCACCGUGUAACUUCACCCCAUACAAACAGACAAUCAGGUCUUUCUGAAGAUAACAAUAGUGACUCUUUAUUACAAGCUAGUUCUGCAGAAAAUAAAUUCAGACUAUCUGAUUUGAAAGAAAGGCAUAAAGCAUCUAUUCCACCUCCAAAUCAGAGAGAUAUUGUAAGAAAACAUAUAGACACUCAAAGUCAGGUGCGAGCCCAGAGUCCACUGGGCAGUUUACUCGGACCAAACCCUGUAGUAGGGACAAGGAAUGAUGUACGAAGUUCAAGUGGUCUGCGGAUAAAUUCUACAGGUUUACCUCCACCACCGACAUCUGGAGUUCCCGUCAUUGCAAGAAAUAGGAGGGAAGACCCAGCAAGUCCCUUGAUCAGAAGUGGACCUGCACCCCCGUCAUCUCUACGACCAUCAACGGCACGUGCUGCAUUAGCCAUACCAUCACAACCUAAAAUGCGUCGAUCAUUACCUACUGUACCUAGCUUACCAUCUAAACCCACAGCCCCACCAAAGUGACGACUUUAUCAGAAAAUGGUAGUCUUAUUCUGUGUCAGGCUUGAGAUAUAAGGAAGACAGGGUUAUCCGACUUUCUUGUUGGAACUCUCGGCUCUUUGUGCUAUUUUUUAACAUUGGGUAACUGAAGAUUCAUUAUGAACAAAACAUUCUUAAUGAAAAACUGUAUUCCUGAUAUACAGGUGGCUUAAAAGAAUUAAAAAGUUAAGAAAAGGGCAUCUAUAAAAUGGGGCAAAGAAGUUGGAGCCGCCAGAUCUGUGCUAAACUGUUUCAGAACUAGUAUAAUACAGUAGAACACAGAUUGCUAAAAGCUGUAGGGAGAUCAAGUUAUCAAGGGUUUUUAGUGAUCAAAACAGCCAAUAUAAGGAAAAUGACUGCAUAAUUGCUCGAGUCGGCCCUGGUACUUGAGUCGUCAAUACUCGAGCAAGCAGGGUUUCAAUGUAUGCGAGUGCUUUACAUGCCGCAAGUUUGCCUCCAAUUAUUGCCCAUUGUGAUAUGCUUCUUUAUAUUGUUUGUAAUGUGUUUGCAUUUCGUUUUCUAUCUUAUUACUAGAUUUGCUAUGUGUUCAUUUAUACCUCUAGAAUCAUGAGAAAAAAUUUCACUUGGACAUUUUUACUGCUGUCAAAACAGACAAUAAACCAUAUUUCACAAAGCCAUUCAGACUGCUGCGAUUUUUUUGUGCGUGCUCAAUGUAUUGUCAAAAUUGUUGAAUUAUGGUCACUAUUUUUAUUUUUUUUAAAUAAUUUUUUUACAUUGACUGGAAUUUUAAUAUCCGUAGAGACAUCAAUAUGCCAUUUUUUUCAGCUUCAUUUUAGCUUGACUUUUCGAAGAAAAUAUAGAGCUAUUGCACUCGCCCCGGCGUCGGCGUUGGUUAAAGUUUUUGAUAAAGUCAAAUAUCUCUGUUACUGUCAAAGCUAUUGACUUGAAACUUAAAAAAAGUUAUUUACUAUCAAAGUCUACACCAGGAGAAACAAUCCCCAUAACUCUGGUUUGAAUUUUGACAGAAUAUGCCCCUUUUUAACUUAGAAUUUUUGGUUAAAGUUUUUGAUCAAGUCAAAUAUCUCUGUUACUAUCAAAGCUAUUGACUUGAAACUUAAAAUAAUUUUUUACUAUCAAAGUCUACACCAGGAGAAACAAUCCCCAUAACUCUGAUUUGAAUUUUGACAGAAUUAUGCCCCUUUUUAACUUAGAAUUUUUGGUUAAAGUUUUUGAUCAAGUCAAAUAUUUCUUACUAUCAAAGUUAUUGACUUGAAACUAAAAUACUUAUUUACUAUCAAAGUCUACACCAGGAGAAACAAUCCCCAUAACACUGAAUUGAAUUUUGACAGAAUUAUGCCCCAUUUUAACUUAGAAAUUUUGUUAAAAUUUUUGAUAAAGUCAAAUAUCUCUGUUACUAUUAAAGCUUUUGACUUGAAACUCAUAAUAGUUAUUUACUAUCAAAAUCCACACCAGGAGACACAAUUCCUAUAACUCUGGUUUGAAUUUUUAAAAGAAUUAUGCCCCUUUUUAACUUAGAAUUUUUAGUUAAAGUUUUUGAUAAAGUCAAAUAUCUUUGUUACUAUCAAAGCUUUUGACUUGAAACUUAAAAUACAUAUUUACCAUCAAAGUCUACACCAGGAGAAACAAUCCCCAUAACACUGAUUUGAAUUUUGACAGAAUUAUGCCCAUUUUAACUUAGAUUUUUUUGUUAAAUUUUUUGAUAAAGUCAAAUAUCUCUGUUACUAUUAAAGCUUUUGACUUGAAACUCAUAAUAGUUAUUUACUAUCAAAUCCACACCAGG